AUGCGGACGGCGCACUUCACUGCGGCGCACUGGCGGAAGUCCUCUCAGUGGUUCGCGCUGACGCGCGCCCACACCCAGGUCAUCCUCUCGGAUGACCACGUGCCGGAGCUCUUCCGGCGGUGGUGCGCGAGCGACCCGCCGCCGAAGGCUGGCGGCCGAGUAUGCGUGUCAGAUGAGCACCUGCUGCCCUCCCUGCUCGCGAGCUACUGGCUCGACUUCCAGACCGACUGCAAGGGGCUGGCCCAUUACGCCGAUUGGAGCCUCGGCGGCUGGCACCCGCGCACCUUUGGGCCGGGGGAUGUGUGGACAGGUCUCGUCGCGGCCGCGCGGGGCCCUGCAGUGCAUUGCAGCGCGGCUGCGGCCGUCGCCAGCGCAGAGGCGCUGUUCGAGGUGCGUGCAGCGGCCAAGGGCGGCUGGCGGCCGCUGCGUGGGCAGCAGCAGCAGCAGCAGCAGCAGCAGCAGCAGCAGCAGCAGCAGCAGCAGCAGCAGCAGCAGCAGCACAGCUUGCGAGGGCGCCGUGAGGAGCGCCUCUUGCCUCACGAAUGGGCGGCCGCGGGCGGCUACGAGCCGCUGGGGUACGAGUGCCCGCUGCUGGUGCGCAAGUUUGCUGCGGAAGCGGCGCCCCAGGCGCUGGCGGCGGCGCUCAGCUGCGAGGGUGGCGGGCUAGGGUGGUGGUGCAGGGGCCGUUUCGAGGCCGUGGGCAGCCAGCUGGCCCACGCCUGA